AAAUCUAGAGUCGUUUACCACCAAGUUCACCUUUUCCAAAAGUAGAAAGAGCCAUUACGUGGCGGAAGAUAGAGCCACGUAAGCCAAAGUGCUGCGUAAACCUUGGCUAGCUUCCCCCCUAUCCGAUCAAAACCCACACCAAUCAACAACAAACAAAGGGUUUUACCCUUUAGCCGCGUCUCCUUCUCUUUAAUUAUUCCACAAAUCCAACUCAAUUUCAAGAUUCAUCCAUACCCAUUUCAGACUUUCAAAAAAGAUCCAUACCCAUUUGAGAGUUUCAAAAAAGAUCCAUACCCAUUUCAGAGUUUCGAAAAAGAUCCAUACCCAUUUGAGGAUUUGAAGGGUAAUGUAAAGUUUGAUUAGUGAUUUUUGAUAAUAGAGGACUGAUGUUUAGAAGACAUAAUAUUACUGCAAGGAUAUUUGAGCGUCAGAUUCAUACCCCUGCUCCUGGUACCUCUAUUCAUCGUGCCAGAAGAUUUUACGAGAAUAUAGUUCCUGCUUCUACAAUAUACGAAGUCGAAUGUCCGGAUAAUUCAUUUCGCAAGUUCACAGAAGAUGGAAAAUAUCUGAUAAGUUUCAGUCGAAACCACCAAGAUUUAAUCGUCUACAGACCAACAUGGCUAUCGUUUUCGUGCAAACAAGAAGAUUGCGAUAACCAACCUCUACCACCAAAAGCAAAGAAAUUCGAGAGUUUUUUCACGCAGUUGUACUCGGUCCCGCUUGCUUCUGCAAACGAGCUCAUAUGUAAAGACUUUUUUCUUUACGCGGAGACUAAUCAAUUCGGACUUUUCGCAACUUCAACCGCGCAAAUUUACGAUGCCCCUGCUACUGGUGGUGCUAUUCAAGGGGUUCCAUCGAUUGAGAAGAUAACGUUUCAUCUUUUAAGAUUGGAAGAUGGAGUUGUACUUGACGAAAGGGUUUUCCGCAACGAUUACAUCAAUUUGGCACACAGCAUGGGUGUUUUUUUAUUCGAUGAUUUACUUGCGAUUGUCUCUCUCCGUUAUCAACGUAUUCACAUACUUCAGAUUCGGGAUUCCGGCAGUCUCGUCGAUUUAAGGGCAAUCGGGGAAUUCUGUCGCGAAGAUGACGAACUUUUUCUCAAUUCUAGUGCUCAGGCCCUUUCAAGUGUUGACAAAAGGGCGCCACAUCAUACGCCCGUAAAUAAUGCGGUAAACGGGUCUCCUCUUGAACAGCCUGCUCAAGAAAACCCGUUUCUAAGCGGUAUAAAGCAAAGAUUGCUUUCGUUUAUUGUGCGAGGGAUCCAAAAUGAAGAAAAAGACGAAACUAUGAGAAUUCAAUCCCUAAAAAAGAAGUUUUAUUUUCACUUUCAAGAUUAUGUCGAUUUGAUUAUAUGGAAGGUGCAAUUUCUGGACCGACAUCACUUGCUAAUCAAGUUUGGAAGUGUUGAUGGAGCAGUGUCCCGAAACGCUGAUAAUCAUCCUGCCUUCUUUGCCGUAUAUAACAUGGAAUCAACAGAAAUUAUUGCAUUUUAUCAGCCUUUUAAUAUCUUGCAGAUGUCAUCCGAUGAGCUGUAUUUGUUGUUUGAACAGUAUUGUGAUCAUUUUCACGUACCGUCAAAAAGUUCGCCGUAUAUGAAUUUUAUCUCAUCUCACUCAAACAACAUUCAUGCUCUCGAGCAACUGAGAAGCAGUAAAAAUAAAGCUACAAGCUUCCCAUUGUUUAUUAAGAAAGUGCUGGUCUCUUUGCCGUUUAAUUGUCAGUCUCAGAGUCCUUCGCCUUAUUUUGAUCAGUCUCUAUUUAGAUUCGAUGAAAAGCUUAUUUCUGCAGCUGAUCGACAUAGACAGUCAACUGACCAUCCGAUUAAGUUUAUCUUACGGAGGCCCCCACAUACCCUCAAGUUCAAAAUCAAGCCAGGACCCGAAGCUGGCAUUACAGAUUGCAGGACAAAGAGAAUAUCAUCGUUUCUUUUUCAUCCAAUUUUGCCCCUCGCGCUUUCGGUUCAGCAGACUCUCUUUUUGCAGCCUGCUGUUGUAAACAUACACUUCCGUAGAUAAACCCAGAUCAUCAUGAAAUGUGUAAACAACCUUCCGACGGUCUUUCUUUGAAGCUGCAUUGCAUUUGACUACCAACAUUCAUAAAUGAUAAACCCGUGUUUAGGAACAGUAUAUUUUUGGCCUGUUUUACGCUAUGAAUGUAAUGUAUCUUAUUGUAAAAUCUUCAACCUAUAGCUGAUAGUAAUGAGAUUCACUUGUUAGUGAAGCGUGGUCAUAAAUUUCUGAACC